AAAAUCGUCAAUCUAAUGGCUGUAGAUGCAAACAGGAUUGCCAUGAUGGUAUCUGGCGCAUAUUUCAUCUACGGAACUCCGUUCGAGAUUAUUAUCGCUACGACCUUCCUAUACAAUCUUCUGGGACUAUCUGUAUUUGCGGGCUUUGUCGUUCUUCUCGCUGGCUGGCCCCUGAACAGCUUUGUUACUAAACGCAGCAUUCGCAUUCAGAAGGGUGUCUCUGCUUCCCGAGAUAAACGCAUGGCUGUCCUUAACGAGCUCAUCAGUGCUGUCAAAUUCAUCAAGUUCUUCGCAUGGGAGGACCACUGGAUUAAACGGACCAUGGAUGCACGAGGGGUGGAGAUGAAUUGGAUGGUGAAGGCUCGAAUCAACUCGGUGAUGUUUUCCACGAUGUGGACCUCCGCUCCUAUUUUGGUGUCGCUCAUAUCGUUCUUCACUUUCGUGUACCAAGGC